AUGUUGUCUUCCACACCUUUGGCCCCGCUGAUGGUUGGCAGCCGUGUGGGCCUCAAGUGCUGCAACCGUCAGGCGAAGCAGAAAACGCGGCAUAAAUAUAUACUUUCGCAUGCUUAUGCAGAUGUUCUUCCUGUAGUCAGGACUCCGGGCAGCAUGAGUCGCCAGCUCGCGCUGUGGCUGCAUGGCCAGGGAGCUCUCGCCUGGCCAGCGGACGAGACGACCGCCUGCCGGGCAAGCGCUUCUGCUCGGGCUCGCGCGAGGUCGUCCCAGAGGCCUGCCGGGGAUAUUUCUCCUGUCGUGCUGGAGCUUCGGGGCAGGUUGCAGCCCCGUGCAGGCAAGGUGCAAACCCGUGCAAUCGAAAGGGUUCGACGCAAGACAUGA